AUGGGGUCGCUGCCGACGGCAGAGGGGGAGAGGCGCCAGCAGCCGCCGCACGUGGUGAUGGUCCCAUACCCGGCGCAGGGCCAUGUCACGCCGAUGCUGCAGCUGGCCAAGCUACUCUACACACUCGGCUUCCACAUCACCUUCGUCAACAACGAGUUCAACCACCGCCGCCACCUGCGCGCGCGCGGGCCGGGCGCGCUCGACGGCGCGCCGGGGUUCCGCUUCGCCGCCAUCAACGACGGCCUUCCGCCCUCCGAAGUCGACGCCACGCAGGACGUCCCCGCGCUCUGCUACUCCACCAUGACCACCUGCCUGCCCCGGUUCAAGGACCUCGUCGCCAGGACCAAUGCCGAGGCCGAGGCCCAGGGACGCCCCACCGUGACGUGCGUCGUCGCCGACAGCAUCAUGACCUUCGCGCUCCGCGGCGCGCGGGAGCUCGGCCUCCGCUGCGCCACGCUCUGGACCGCCAGCGCCUGCGGCUUCAUCGGCUACUACUACUACCGCCACCUCGUCGAGCGGGGCAUCGUCCCGCUUGAGAACGAGGCGCGGCUCACCGACGGGUACCUGGACACCGUCGUCGUCGACUGGAUCCCCGGCGCGCCCAAGGACCUGCGGCUCCGGGACUUCCCGAGCUUCGUGCGCACCACGGACCCGGACGACAUCAUGCUCAACUUCUUCAUCCACGAGGUCGCCGGGAUGUCGCAGGCGUCAGCGGUGGUCAUCAACACCUUCGACGAGCUCGACGCGACGCUGCUCCACGCCAUGGCCAAGCUCCUGUCGCGGCCCAUCUACACCGUCGGCCCGCUCCCGCUGACGGUGCGAAACAACGUCCCCGCGGACAGCCCCGUCACGGCCAUCGGCUGGCCGAGUUCGCGUGGGGGCUGGUCAACACCGGCUACGCCUUCCUGUGGAACGUGCGCCCGGACCUCGUCAAGGGCGCCGGCGGCGACGCUGCUGGCGCCGGAGUUCCUGGCCGCGACGGAGGGCCGGAGCAUGCUGUCGACGUGGUGCCCGCAGGCUGCGGUGCUGGAGCACGAGGGCGUGGGGGUGUUCCUGACGCACUCCGGGUGGAACUCCACGCUAGAGAGCAUCUGCGGCGGCGUGCCCAUGGUGUGCUGGCCCUUCUUCGCCGAGCAGCAGACCAACUGCCGGUACAAGCACACCGAGUGGGGCAUCGGGAUGGAGAUCGGCAAUGACGUCCGGCGGGGCGAAGUGGAGGUGCUCAUACGGGAGGCCAUGGAGGGGGAGAAAGGGCGGGAGAUGCGCCGGCGCGUGACGGAGCUCAAGGAGAGCGCCGUGGCCGCGGCGAGGCUGCGCAACGUGGGCAGGCUCAUCGACGAGGUGCUCCUAGCAUGA